GGUUUCACAUGGAGCGGCGUGCCUGAGCUGUGAGAGGCCCAACUCCCCUUGGCUGGCUGUCAUCCCAGAGCAGAAGCACAGAGGUUUUAGUGUGAAAGGAGGGAGUGCAAGUUUGUUUUUGGAGCCGACAGCCAUGGCGGAUACAGCGGUCCAGAAGGAGCACGGCGCUCUGGCAGAGGUCUCCUACGAUGACGACGAAGUCGCCCUCGUGGGUGCUGCCACAGAGCCGGCGGUGGACGGCGGUAAACCCGCAGAGGAAGCGCUCGCCAUCGGCUCCGGAGAAAAGAGCGAAGCCCAGGCGAACGGCGUCAUGGUCCUGUCCCUGCUCGACAAGAUCAUCGGGGUGGUGGACCAGAUCCAGCUGACCCAGAACGGGCUGGAGGCUCGGCAGGAGGCCAUGGAGAAGUCGGUGUCCGCCAUCCAGGGGGAGCUGGCCAAGCUGUCCAAGAGCCACCUGGGGACGGCCACCACCGUCAACAAGAUGCUGGACAAGGUCCGCAAGGUCAGCGUCAACGUCAAGACAGUGCGGAGCAACCUGGAGAAGCAGGCGGGCCAGAUCAAGAAGCUGGAGAGCAACGAGGGCGAGCUGCUGAAGAGGCGCAACUUCAAAGUCCUAAUCAGCCAGGACCAAGUGAAGGCCCCAAAGACACCCAAGGCAGGUGAGACGGUCGCCGAGGACGGGACUGUGGAGGGCCUCCAGCAGAUCCCCGAGGAGGGCGACGAGGGCGAGGGCCGGCCCGCCGACCUCAACUCGGACGAGGAGGUGGAGAUCGAGGAGACCGUGGAGGAGUCCCGAACCAAGCGUCUGCAGCGCUCCACCAAGAGGCAAGUGGCCAGCAUAAAGAAGGCCUUCUCCAAGGAGGAGAUGGAGAAGACCAAACUGAAGACCAAGGAGAACCUGGAGAAGACCAAGCAGAGAACCCGCGAGAACCUGGAGAAGACCCGGCAGAGAACCCGCGACAACCUGGAGAAAACCAAGCACAGCCUGGAGAAGAAGAUCAACAAGCUGGGCACCCGCAUGACCCCCAAAAUGGAGCGCCGGGUCAAGAUGAAGAGCUCCAAGGAGAAAGUGAAGAAGUCACUCACGCCCGACCACACCGUCUACGCCCGCUCCAAGACCAGCGUCUACCGCGUGCCGCCGUUCACCUUCCACGUCAAGAAGAUCCGGCCGGGCCAGGCGGAGGAGGAGGAGGCGGCGGAGAACGCCGAGGUGGCGGCGGCGACCGAGACGGAGGGCGAGGAGAACGGGCUAGGGGUGCACGUGGAGGUGGAGGAAGGCGAGCUGGUGAGGGUGGACACCCCGGGCAUGGAGGACCCUCACAUGGUCAUGGUGGAAGCAGACCGCCUGGAGAAGACCCAGCUUGACUAAGAGAUCCCAUCAAACGCCAUCCUGAUGGAUCACAUGAGGACACAUCAGUAACCACCAGGACUUCAAGCACACAUUUCACACCUGUUCUGUUCUUUUCUACGCCCAAGCCUUCAUACUCACGCUUUUCAAAAGAGCCCCCCUUUACUGUACGACACACCUCUGCAUGAUUAGGAGGGGGAAAGGGUACCGUAUUUUUCGGACUAUAAGUCGCAGUUUUUUUCAUAGUUUGGCCGACUUAUACCCAGGAGCGACUUAUGUGUGAAAUUAUUAACACAUUAGCGUAAAAUAUCAAAUAAUAUUAUUUAGCUCAUUCACGUAAGAGACUAGUCCAGGGGUCGGCAACCUUUACCAGUCAAAGAGCCUUUUUGACCAGUUUCACAAAUUAAAGAAAACAAUAGGAGCCACAAAAAUCUUUUGAAAUUUAAAAUGAAAUAACACUGCAUACAAAGUUUUUUUUGCUUUGUGCAAGGGUCUCAGACACGCGGCCCACACCUUAAUAUGAUAAUUGAAUGUUGGUGCGGCCCGCGGGUUUUAUAUGAAUGGCGCUUGACAGCGUCAUACUUGCCAACCCUCACGA